UUUACUGUGGGUGGGAGCACACAACACACAGGUCAAUGACCCCACUCAUAGAUUUGGUGACUUGGAUCAGUCCUUUCAGACAAGAGUGGCUGGAAGCACUGAUAGGAUGCAUAAGGCUGUGAUUCCAGUUUCCCUGCUGCUCCUGGCCUGGACAUGGACCCUUCAGGGGGUCCCUGUACUCCCAGAUCCUCUUUACCCUACGCAGGAAAACUUUGAUCUGGCCCGGUUUUUGGGAACAUGGCACGAUGUUGCCAGUGCAAGUUCAUGCCCCCACAUGCAACGUCGGGGGGGAGAUUCAGCCAUCGGUAAACUGGUCCUGCAGAGAGGCACCACUCAAGACAAACUCAUGGUGACUCGGAAGGUACUCAGACAGGGAACAUGUAAGGAGAUGGCUGUUGAUUAUGUGUUGACCACCACACCAGGACGAUUCUCCUUCCAUGUUGCAAAGUGGGGGGCAGACGUGGAUGCAUAUGUGGUUCACACAAACUACAAUGAGUAUGCAAUAAUGAUAAUGAGCAAACAGAAGUCAGCAGGGGUUAAGAGCACCUCCGUUAAGCUUUACAGUCGAUCUAUGGUGGUAAGAGACACGGUGCUGGAUGACUUUAAAACACUGGUCAGACAACAGGGAAUGAGUGAUGACACUAUUACAAUAAAGCAGAACAAAGGUGACUGUGUUCCUGGAGAGGUGGUGGCAGCGGCGACAGCUCAGCUUGAGACUCAGAGGAGGAGGAGAGACGUGGUGCCUUCUCUGGUUCAAGCAGAGGAAGAGGGUUCUGGUGAUGUUACACCUCUUUUCAGUGGAAGCGAGUCCUGUAAAGCAGCACCCGAUACAGGACCUUGUUUCGGGUUGCACCAGCGUUACUACUACAACUCCUCCUCAAUGAGCUGUGAACUCUUCAAGUACGGAGGGUGUAUGGGCAACCAGAACAACUUUGAAAACGAGAGAGAGUGUCUGCAGAGAUGUCGCACUGAAGCUGUGUGUCGUCUGCCGAUGGCGGUCCAGCCCUGCACAUCCCAACCGCCCGUCUGGGUCUUCGACUCCACUGUGGGUCUGUGCGUGCUGUACAAAAACGGCAACUGCCAGGGCAACGGCAACAAGUUCUACAGCAAGGCCGAGUGUGGCGAGUACUGCGGGGUGGUCAAUGACGAGGGAGAGCUCCUAAAGGCAAACUGAGCUAACUGCUCAUCAUAAAGAGAUGCAACAUGAAACUGCAUCCCAAUAAAGAAGGAUCUCUCAUGGUGUAACUGAAGUUAUAGGUGUUGGGAAAGUCAAUUUAGAAAUGUAGUAGAUUACAGAUUAAUAGUUACCCUGUUAGAAACGUACUGUAACAAGUGACACAAAUUAUUAUAUUCAAAAAAAGAAAAGUUUUCUCACAAAUAUAAGAACAGUAUUCAACACUAACACUACACAACACAACACAAUAACUGUCAAUAUCUUUGUUAACAUUUUUUUUACUGAAAAUAUGACAUUUGGUUGUUACCCAUUUGUAACUUCAAUUUGUUACAUAACGAUAAUUGAAUUACAUAUAACUAACUGUGUUGAUCACAAUCACACUUAUUUUGUCAUUUAAUUACGUAACACCAUUCCAACACCGUUAUCAGUUUCUCCUCAACAGUAGAAGUCAUGUUGCAACAGACCACUAAUAAAAACAAUUAAUGACUCUC